ACAAAGGCUAAGCCCUUUCAAACCUCGACGGGUUUCUCGCUUAUAGAUAUUAAUAACGAAUAACCCGUCCAGGCGCUGAAGCGCACGCACAGCCUUGACUUUAAGCGCCGUCCUUGAGGUCUGAAGGUCACGUUGACCCAGACUCCUCUCCGGAGCGGCGCGUGAUGUGUCGCGUUGCUGUCGUCGCGUGCUCGUUGUGUCAAACUUGGGGAAAGUGCUCGCGACUUGCGUUCUCGUUUAAGGCACUGAGUCCUGCGGGAAGGCGUCGUAAUAACGCUCGUGAGGAUAGAAAAGAGACGCGUUUCUGAGCCGGGCUGAUGCCGCGGAGAGGUGCGGGGACUACUGGCCGCGCGUCACGCGCAUGUACCGGCGAAUAAAUCGGCGAGUCGCAGCAAAUAAAAAGGUCAUCGUUACCCGGCGGAGAGAGAUUUUGGGGCUGGUUUUGGAGAUCUGACGUCGAGGAAAUUUAGUUGCGUGGAGGUUUUGGAUACUGUUGCACAGCCUCGUUUCUUUUAGCAGGAGCGGUUUCUCUGAGAGUGACAGCGCUCUUUGGAUUGAGGACUUAAACACCGGGGCUGAUGGCGGCUUCCUCCUCCUCCUCUUCCUCCUCCUCCGCUGGCGGCGAUCCGGAUCCCAACUCGACAAAUUUACGGCCACCCUCCUCAAACUAUGACUGGAGUGGAGUCGCUCAUGGAUGCACGAGGAAACUCGGAAUGAAGAUCUGCGGAUUUUUGCAGAAGAACAAUAAUGUUGACGACAAGAGCCGAAUUGUCGGGUUUUUUAACGAGCAGCAGCCCAAGGGUGUUUUAACACGAGACAACGAGAGGGACCCUCGCUUCAGACGCUCGGAGACAGACUUCUCCAAUCUCUACGCAAGAGAUCUACUUCCUGCUAAAAAUGGGGAGGAGUACACAAUGCAGUUCCUGUUGGAGGUGGUGGACAUCCUCACGAACUACGUGCGCAAGACCUUUGACAGAUCCACAAAAGUGCUGGACUUCCAUCAUCCACACCAGCUGCUGGAGGGAAUGGAGGGCUUCAACCUGGAGCUGUGUGACCAGCCGGAGAGUCUGGAGCAGAUCCUGGUGGACUGCAGGGACACGCUCAAAUACGGCGUCCGCACAGGUCACCCGAGGUUUUUUAACCAGCUGUCUUCUGGUCUAGACAUCAUUGGUUUAGCCGGAGAGUGGCUGACCUCCACUGCCAACACUAACAUGUUCACAUAUGAGAUUGCACCGGUGUUUGUACUGAUGGAACAGCUCACCCUGAAGAAAAUGCGAGAGAUCAUUGGCUGGCCAAACGGAGAAGGCGAUGGCAUUUUCUCACCAGGAGGAGCAAUCUCAAACAUGUACAGCGUGAUGGUGGCGCGCUAUAAACACUACCCUGAGGUUAAAAUCAAAGGCAUGGCAGCUGCUCCCAGACUGGUGCUGUUCACCUCUGAACAUAGCCACUACUCUAUAAAGAAGGCCAGUGCAGUGCUGGGUUUCGGCACAGAGAAUCUGAUCCUGCUGAAGACGGAUGAGAGAGGUAGAGUGAUUCCGGCAGAUCUGGAGGCCAAAGUCAUCGAUGCCAAGCAGAAGGGGUACGUACCGAUGUUUGUGAACGCUACGGCCGGAUCUACAGUGUACGGAGCCUUCGAUCCAAUCAACGAGAUCGCUGACAUCUGUGAGAAAUACAACAUUUGGCUUCAUGUGGAUGGGGCGUGGGGUGGAGGUUUGCUGAUGUCUAGAAAACACAGACACAAGCUGGACGGCGUAGAGAGAGCAAACUCCGUCACAUGGAACCCACACAAGAUGAUGGGCGUUCCUCUACAGUGCUCCGCCAUUCUGGUGCGAGAGAAGGGUCUUCUUCAAGGCUGUAACUCCAUGUGUGCAGGAUAUCUCUUUCAGCCGGAUAAGCAGUAUGAUGUCACCUAUGACACAGGGGACAAGGCCAUACAGUGUGGCCGUCAUGUAGACAUCUUCAAAUUCUGGCUCAUGUGGAAGUCAAAGGGAACUAUAGGCUUUGAGAAGCACAUUGACAGAUGUCUGGAGCUGUCUGAGUAUCUCUACCACAAGAUAAAGGACCGAGAAGCAUAUGAGAUGGUGUUUCAAGGAGAGCCCCAACACACUAAUGUGUGUUUCUGGUACAUUCCUCCGAGCCUGCGGCUUCUGCCGGAUGGAGAGGAGAAAAGACAGCGACUUCAUAAGGUUGCCCCCAAGAUCAAGGCAAUGAUGAUGGAGUGUGGAACAAUAAUGGUGGGCUACCAGCCUCAAGGCGAUAAGGUCAACUUCUUCAGAAUGGUUGUCUCUAAUCCGGCUGUAACCAGGUCUGACAUUGACUUCCUGAUCGAUGAGAUAGAAAGACUGGGGCAGGAUUUAUAGAGUGCACAGGGCUGGAAAUUCAGUAGAUGUAGAAAAAUAGAAAAUGGAGAAGACUUUUUGAAGUAUUGUAUCAGCUGGACAUUCCAGAGUAUUAGACCAAUGAGGUGCUCUAGAAUAUGAACUCUCAGAUUUCUAGAAUGUUCCACUACGAAACUGGACAUUCCAGAACACAGAGGUGGUGAGCUCUUAAAGCUAUCAUUUCAUAAUGAAGGAUCCGAUUUCCUCCUAUGGCAUUAUAUGUCCUCUAUUUUUCCCUCCCCCCUGUUCUCUUGUGUCCUGUCUGUCGUGUUCUUUCAUUUCUAACACUUUACAAUAAGGUUCUCCUUCUGGUUAUAACAUGAUAGCAAAAAUACUUAACGCAUAUUUUAAUCUUAUUUCGUUAUUUUGAAUAUUUACUAAUACGUCUAAAAUUAUCCAGUGGACCUGAGCCAACUUGAAUUUGCAAUGAAGAGUUGUGUUUUAGUGAACCAAGGUCGACACAGCUAAAAUAUUUCCUAGCAGGUCUAAACGGCGAUCAUUAUCAACUAGAUAUAUUAAACAGUGAGAUAAAAAUGACAAACUAUUUACAUGUUUCUCCCUCAUUGAAAACUAAAAAGCUGCAUGACAUUUCUUAGUAGCGAGAGGUAGCGCACAGUCCCUAAUUAUUCAAUAUUUAAUGCAAUAACUUACGCUAAGUGAUCGAACCUUGUUGUAGAGUGUUACCCUUUUCAUUUCAACAGGAAAUAUUAUACUUUACAGCACAACUAUACUUUUAAGAAAUGUUCACGGUUCAUUUCCACUUAAGCUUGUGUGAUAAAAAUAAUUUGGUCCCUAUCUACAAAAGAAACAAAAAUCGUGCUUACAGUAUUGCUCUCUCAGAAGAAAUUUAAUAGGCAAGGCAUCACUGUAUUAAAGUCACAGUCACAAUUACAAUACCUGCAGUUCAAAAACAAUAAGGUAAGCACUUUAUAAUAUUACUAAUAAUAAUAAGAAGAAGAAACUGGCUUUUUUGCUCAUCCAUACUCAUCCACUUUAAAUGUAUUCAUUGAAACAUUUUUUUGCACAUAUAGCAUAACUUUUAAACCAUGAACAUUUCUUUUAAAAUCGAGAACUCGAAUUCUCAGUAAAAAAAAGUUUAAGGAUAUACUGUAAUAUAGCACCGUCUAAUAGCCGCCAUCUGGACCGUCUGUGUGAUUGAACAAAUGCAUAACUUGGUAGCUGUAUGUCAUGAAGAUCAACUGAAGUGUGUGCCAUUGUACCAAGUACUGUAUUGACACGCUGUGUUUUUAGACUUUUUGUGUGUAAAUUGUGAUUGUUUGUGACAAACAUAUAUCACAUAGUUUUACAGUAAGAAUAGUGUUCGAAUAGUGGCAAAGAUAUUAUUCCUCUAUUUAUACCCUCCAAGUAUUUUCAGUUGUAUUUUGAGAGACUAUAUUGUUUAAACCAGUGCAUUAGAUUUUAGUUCAUUUAUUAACCAAAGACAUAGAAGAAAAAUGGCAUCUCAUUGUCAGCCUGCAUACUCGUAACACAUUAUAUGGCCAGAAGUAUGUGAACAUUUUAUUCUAAAUAACGGAUUUUGCUAUUAACUCCAGCAAAGACAAAUUUCAAUGCUACACAGUAAUGCCCGUCUAUAGAAGCAGCGGGGCCCAAAACAGGGUCCAUGUAAGUCUGGUGGGCAAGACUUUGACUUUUGACAGAUGUGAACCCCACUAAAAACAACUUUUUCCGACUCCCUCACCCAACAUCAGUGCCUUUGGCCAUAUAGUGUAGUUUAAGAAAUGAAUGUCUGUCUUACGAGAUCGAUACAAAGGAGCAUUUUCUAUCCAUAGUGCAAUGAAUGCUGUAGCUGAGAUUUAGUCAGUUGUAUACGUGAAUUAAUAUAAAAAAAAUCUAAAAUAAAGUCUCUUAACUUUAGUUUGGAGAUAAGCACAGCGACGUAACAGCGAUGAUCCUCCUGAAAGGGAAACUGUAAUUUAUUAGCAGCUAUAUUUGUAGAGUUAGUACGUAAGUUUAAUUAGACCAAACACAAUUUCACAUUCCUAAAUCAACAAACGAAGCUAAUAUUUUGUGUACGCUUUGCUUACUUCAGUCUGCACAGUAGAUGUAAAGCUAAUGAUCUCUAGCUUGAAGUGCCUGAGUGUUUCAAAAACUAAAAAAAAAAUGUGCAUUUUAAUUGCAGUAUGCGCAAUAUUGCUGUUCACUGUUACCAGUAGAAAUAAACACUCAGCUUGAAAAAUCUUGA